AUCCGACACCUGACCCCAGUUCCCAUCUUCUUGCACAAUUACCAUUUGCCGACUCGUCGGUGGUCCACUACGGCUUAACAUUUGAGCAAGUCUAAACUCCGGUUGACCUCAUCGCUCGCUACGGGCGCGAGCUAUUGUUCGCGGGUGGUCUGGUCUGGAGGCGGGAACAUCCUGAUCGAUCCGCACUGUGCAGAGUCGGACCUGUUCUUCUCCCGUUACUGAUUAAUAGAUACACAAUCCUCUCCCACUUUCUUCCGACCCUCCCAAAUUUAGGAAAAGAAUAGCCUUGUACGUGCCUUCGUCUCUGGGGUUCUGUUCUGCGCGCGCGUCUUCGUCACAGCAGCUAUCGCGGCGAGUUACCCCCACCAUGGCUACAACAGAGAAGCCUGCGGUCCUCAUCAUCGGCGGUCUAGGCUACACUGGACGCUUCCUCGCCAAAUACCUCCACGAUAACAACCUGACCUCCGAAACCCGUCUGGUCGACAAGCACCUCCCGGAACUUGCAUGGCUGGCACCAGAAUUCAAGGAGGCAUGCUCGCGGGACAAAUUCAUGCAGGCUGAUGCCUCGCGCGAACAAUCCCUUCAGCGCAUAUUCGACCGCGAGAAUGGCAAAGAAUUCGAUUAUGUCUUCAAUUGUGGCGGAGAGACGCGAUACUCACAAGAGGAGGAGGUAUACAAAAUGCGAUCAUAUGGCCUGUCAAUGGUCCUCGGCAAGGAGGCUGCAAGACGUAAGGUGAAGUGCUUCAUUGAGAGCAGCACGGGCAUGGUCUACAAACCAGAUGAAGUACCUCGCAAGGAAACCGACAAGCUGAAGCCUUGGUCGAAAUUGGCAAAGUGGAAGCUCACCGCGGAAGAGGAUUUGGCCAAGAUCGAAGGCCUCAAUUUGUUGGUGAUGCGAAUGGCGCAUGUCUACGGUGCAUAUACGAGCAAAUUCCUCGGAACGUGCCUGUGUAUGGCGCGCGUCUACCAGGAUCUUGACAAGGAAAUGAAGUUCUUGUGGAAAGACGACCUCCGUCAAAAUACUGUCCACGUCGAAGAUGUUGCUCGAGCUUUCUGGACAGGUGCGGAAUGGUUUGUGAAAGACCCAGCACGGAAAUCGCCACAGAUUUUCAACAUUGUCGACCAUGGCAACACAUCGCAAGGGACGAUAGCAAAUUUAAUCCCCGCUAGCUUUCCAGGUAUCAAAACUGGUUUCCAUGGCACGAUUAUAUCUACCUUCGCAAGACUGAAUAUGGACUCUGUCGUGGAGGACGUUAACGAUGAGACCCUAGACCCUUGGGCUGACCUCCAAAAGGCAGCAGGUAUCGAAAGGACAACUCCUCUGAGCCCCUUCAUGGAGAAGGAACUCCUCAGAGAUACAGACCUUAGCUUGGAUGGAAGCCUGUUUGAAAAAGAGACCGGGUUUGAAUACGAACACAAGCAAUUGACCACUCAAGAAAUCGACAACGUCAUUGCGAGCUACAAAGCCAUGGGUUGGUGGCCGUAGUAGGCUAUCUUGACGAAGCCUGCGAAAACACGAUUCCAUGACCCCUUCAAAAGCCCUAUUUCUUCUCUCUUUCUGUACCGAAGGAUACCCCUUU